GCUCUGUUAUCAGUAGAUAACAAACAUAAAUACAAAACAAAUCGUGCAAUUAGCGAAUACACGCUAAAGAAAAGUUUUCCAUAACCCAGUGAACAAAUUUAAUACCACAAAUAUAGACAAAAAUGCGUACUCUACCAAUUCUAUGGCGUAUGGCAGAAGAUUUGAGACGUUUGGCUAUGCCAUCUUCACCAUUCUUUGAAUAUCCAUUUGCCAGCACUUAUCGUAUUGCUCCCUGGAAUCACAUGAAUCGUUUGGUACAAGACGAAUUGGGUAAAAUCAACAAAGAUGGCUAUCAAGUUUCAAUGAAUGUAUCCGAAUUUAAACCUGAGGAACUUACUGUUAAAGUUGUGGAUAAUCAUGUAAUUGUGGAGGGUAAAUCGGAGGAACAACAUGAUAACAGCGGUUAUGUUUCACGCUAUUUUGUUCGUCGCGUUGCAUUGCCAACUGGUUAUGAAGCGGAUAAUGCCAUCUCGACGCUUACAUCAGAUGGCGUUCUAACUGUUAGUGUUCCUAAACCACAAAUUGAGGAAAAAGCUCGUGAAAUUCCUAUUCAAAGGGUGGAUGCAGCUUCUAUUAAAUCAAAAGAAUCGAUGGAAGAGGGUGCUGCCAGUAAAAAGGAUAAAAACUAAGAAGGAUAUCUAUAAUAGAUGAAUAAUUUUAUCAAAGAAUUGUAUUAUUGAGAAUUCGGACUGAUUUGUAGUCGUAGUAGUGUGAUAUAAUGUGAUUGUAGUUUUAACAAAAGUUUUAAUUUAAAUAUAAUAAAUAUAAAAUUGAAAAAAAAAAAUAAAA